CCUCCAUCAUCUCCCUCUUCUGGGACGACCCCUCGACCGCCGACGUCGCUAUCAUCUGCAGCCCAGAGGCGAAGCCCGUCUUUGUCCACAAGGCCAUUGUCCUGGACGAAAUCCCUAAGGUCCUUGACCUCGUCACCAUCGUCAAAGGAAGCGCUUCCUCAACCUUAGCCCCAGUAACAGUAACCAACAGUAACGAUGCAAAAACCACCGCCAAAAGCAAUAGCGAAUCCAAGAAUGAAAAGACCAAGGGCACUCCACCGUCACCACCACCCCCUACCGCAUCUCAACCUCUCGACGCCUUCACCGUCGCACACCCGUGCUCUCGCUCUUCAAGUGCCUCUUCGGCCUCAACCGUUGGUUCCUGGACAGAAAGGCCCUCUACAUCUUCAAAGCAGAAUCUACGAAGCCAAUACGCCAUACGUGAGGAUCGAGAGGUCUGGGUAUGGCCCAACAAUCUGCCUCCGCACUCCUGCCUCGACAUCAUGCGCUGGAUCUACCUCCGCGAACUCACUCCCACCUAUUCUCUUCAGGAUUUCAACCCUUUCAUGGAUCUCCUCGAGCAACUCGGCCAACUGCACCAUUUUCAAGAGCAUGCCCUGCGAGCCCGUGUUGAUAUCUCCAUCUAUUCCAAGCCCGCAGACUUGCUAAGGUGCCACCAACUAAGUCGCGGGUAUGCAGCUAAGCUCCUGAGGAGCGAAGCAAAAGUUGCCAUCACCAAAGCCUGGGUCUCACUCACGGCUCAAUGGCCCGAGGACGAGCUGAGACAGGUCGAUCGCACUGGUAUCGUCAACGAGAUCAUCAUGGAGUUUACCCGGCUGCUGUAAAGGGCUAAGGGUCAGGCAGGAACCGCUCUGAGGUCUUUUCUUUUUUUUUCUUUUUCCACAUUGUUCCAUUCCACCCGCACUUGUCUAUGGUUUUCUUUG